GAUCGGAGAAGGCGGAGAGAGGGAAAAAAAGGUAGAAUCAGGGAGGGAGGGAUGAUGGAAGGUGUGGUGGAAGUAUAAAGCCGUCCCAGCAUCUGUUUCCACAUACUUCAUCCUUGCGCACCGACGCUCAUCUGCAUUAAGAAAUACCAACUAAGCAGCCAUCAUGGGUGUGGUUGAGGAAGCCAUGACUUCGCUCAUUGUCGCCUUCCACGAGUAUGCUGGCAAGGAGGGCGACAAAGACUCUAUGAACAAAAGAGAGGUGAAGGAGAUGCUCACCAAGGAAUUUGGGUUGAAGCUGGAAAAAGCAAAGGACCAGACGGCCAUUGACCGCAUCUUCAAGGAUCUGGAUGUCAACAGUGACAACAAAGUGGACUUCCAGGAGUUUAUGAUCCUGGUGACUGGCCUCACUGUGUUGUUGCAUGAGUGCCAGGAAGAGCACUAAGUCUCAUGUCUCCAAAAGGCCAGAAAACACCAAUAAGUCAAACAAUAAAC